GCGGAUCGUCCCGGAUUGCACUGCGGUUGUUUUGCUUCGAUUCUUUGCCGGUCGGUGUACAGCGCGGAAAAUAACAAAAACUGUGCCAAAAUCUAUAAACAAUCCCCAAAAAUUUCAAUUCAAAAUGCAAUCGGAAUCCAGCAAAGUAAAUAGCACAUUCAUUUCGGAAAAAGUGUCCCGCAUCCGAUGGAUUCCGGAGCAGUACGACGAGUCGAACUCGUUUAUCACCACUAGCUGGGAUUUGAACAUAAACAAUGUGAAGGUCUGGAAGCUGUAUCGGAACGAUUAUGCCGAUGAUGAGAACGAAUUUGUGCCCAAAUGUACUGCCGAGAUCUGCUUCGCCGGUGAUAUCAGUGGACUGGAGUUUGUGGAUGAACGAAGCAUCGUUGUAUCUAACACGGAAGGGUUCGUCAGUCUUAUUACCCUGGACCGGGACAGAGACGAGGAUAAUUUACAGGAACGGCAUCGAUUUGAAAAUCUACAUCAGUUUGAUACGUUUAAUGUUAUGAACGAAGCGCCUUGCACGGCUCUAUCGGUGUACGAAACAGAUGUGGCUUCUGUGGGAGAAGAUGGUCGAUUGAAUAUCGUAUCUACCGUCGGUCAAACGGUGUUGAGAAGCAUUUCAAAUGCGGACAGUUGCACUCUAAGCUGCGUUGCUUUUCUGAGUCCGAAAGAGAUAUUGACCGGCAAUAGGUUAGGAAUAAUCAAAUGUUUUGACAUUAGAGCCGAGAGCCACAAACCCACGAAUAGUUUUGCUGUAUCCUGCGAGGAUGAGAAAAGAUCGAAUUGCGUUACUUGCUUGGCUUAUCAUCCAACUCAGAGACACAUUAUCCUCGCUGGUAGUGAAGAAGGUUCGAUCACCGUUUGGGACCUACGACAUCCGCAGUUUCCUGCCUCAUAUCUGAAAGCACACGAACACGCAAUCACUGAAUUGGCCUUCCACAAGACUCAACCGUCCCGGCUGUAUUCGGCAUCGGAGGGUGGUGAGCUGUGGCAAUGGAAUCAAAAUACACUUCCAACUGCAGCAGGAGGUUUACUUAAUUCAACGGUUACCGGUUCGGGUGUGGAAUCAACGGAAACAAACAAUCCCUGGUUGAAUGGCGAAAGAGCCAAAAGCAAGAUCAACGUCACUUCUCUGUUGAGCGGCAUCCGGAAGGCCAUAAAUUCGUUUGAUUCCUGCCGGUCGAAGGUGAUUUGCGGUGGAGACAACGAGGCUAUCUACCUGGUGGAAAACUUGAACUAAUAUUUUAUGGCGCUUUCGUUUUUGACAUUGCUCUGCACCGGUGUAACAUCGACUUCAUUCACUAAAAUUUGGAUAUAUUUCUGUUUUUACACUACACCGGUGUAAUGGCACUGUUUGGAAACGGGAACGCUAUAUUUAUAUUAGCUACUACAGCCAGACGAUCCUCUAUUAUGGGUGCAAUGGCCCAAAAAUAAAUUAAUAUGAAAUAUUCGUU